GGAUCCGGGAAGCUCUGGGGCUAUUUGACAGCCGCCCGGGAGGCCGCGAGGACGCGGCGGAGCGCUCGGUGCGGGAGCGCCGCUGCUGGAGCCCGGUCCCCGGAGCGGUGGGGACGGUACCGCCCGAGCCCCCGCGCCGCGCGUCCGCCAGCGCCCGCGGCCACCAUGCUGCCGCCCCAGCUCUGCUGGCUGCCCCUGCUCGCGGGGCUGCUCCCGCCCGCGCCCGCGCAGAAGUUCUCGGCGCUCACGUUUUUGAGAGUUGACCAAGAUAAAGACAGAGACUGCAGCGUGGACUGCGGGGGCUCCCCUCAGAAACCUCUCUGUGCAUCUGAUGGAAGGACCUUCUUGUCUCGCUGUGAAUUUCAACGUGCCAAAUGCAAAGACCCCCAGCUGGAGAUCGCGUACCGUGGAAACUGCAAAGACGUGUCCAGGUGCGCGGCCGAGAGGAAGUACACUCAGGAGCAGGCCCGGAGGGAGCUCCAGCAGGCGUUCGUCCCGGAGUGCAAUGCUGACGGCAGCUACAGCCAGGUCCAGUGCCACAGCUACACAGGAUACUGCUGGUGCGUCACGCCGAAUGGGAGGCCCAUCAGCGGCACCGCUGUGGCCCACAAGACACCCCGGUGCCCCGGUUCCGUAAAUGAAAAGGUACCCCAACGGGAAGGUGCAGGAAAAACAGUCUCCUUGCAAAUCUUUUCCGUUCUGAAUUCAGAUGAUACAUCAGCUCCCGCGUUGGAGACUCAGCCUCAAGGAGAUGAAGAAGAUAUUGCAUCACGUUACCCAACACUUUGGACUGAACAAGUUAAAAGUCGGCAGAACAAAACCAAUAAGAAUUCAGCUUCCUCGUGCGACCAGGAGCAGCAGUCUGCCCUGGAGGAGGCCCGGCAGCCUAAGAACGACAACGUGGUGAUCCCGGAGUGUGCGCACGGUGGCCUCUACAAGCCUGUGCAGUGCCACCCAUCCACUGGCUACUGCUGGUGUGUGCUGGUGGACACCGGCCGCCCUAUCCCGGGCACGUCCACCAGGUAUGAACAGCCGAAAUGCGACAGCACAGCCCGGGCUCGGCCCACCAAAACCAAGGAUCUGUACAAGGGCCGCCAGCUGCAGGGUUGUCCUGGUGCCAAAAAGAAUGAGUUUCUCACCAGCAUUCUGGACGCGCUGUCUACCGACAUGGUCCACGCUGUCUCUGACCCCUCGUCCUCCGGCAGGCUCUCGGAACCCGACCCCAGCCACACGCUUGAGGAGAGAGUGGUCCACUGGUAUUUCAAGCUCCUUGAUAAAAACUCCAGCGGGGACAUUGGGAAAAAGGAGAUCAAGCCCUUUAAGAGAUUCCUUCGGAAAAAAUCGAAACCCAAAAAAUGUGUGAAGAAGUUUGUUGAAUACUGUGACUUGAACAACGACAAGUCCAUUUCCGUCCAGGAGCUGACGGGCUGCCUGGGCGCGACGAGGGAGGAAGGAGACGCGGACACGAGGAAGCGCCACCCCCCUAGAGGUAAUGCUGAAGGCACUUCCAGUAGACAGCCAAGAAAGCAAGGAUAAGUGGCUCACACGUCCGAGGCGGUUCCUAGAUGUGCAGGAGGCUCCCUCACCAAGCAAUUAAAAAAACAAAAACAAAAACACAUAAUAUUUGCACUUUGUACUUUAAAUGUAAAUUCACUUUGUAGAGAUGAGAUAUUUAAACAGAAUGCUUUAAUCUGUGAAAACGGAAGGGUUGGCUUCAGAAAACUGAUCACAUACAAUGUAUGUGUCCUCUUUGACCUUCGAAAUCUGUACUCGGUGGAGAUGCAUUUUGAAAUGGAUUUAAGCUUACUUUCUUCACCGUGUACAUGUUAAUGUCGUAGAGACUUAGAGGCUUUGCCUGAGGCGCAGGGCUCCCAUCCUGCACCCCCAGCCGGAGAGGGGGGAGUUUGCUGCCUUUGAAAUCUGCGGUCCUGGCAGCAUUCGAGUCCGCGUCGUGAGUCCAUGGACACGUGUGACCCGCUGCUGUCUUCUGCACCCAGCGAGCGAGUGCAUGGUUUGUUCAUUUCUUGGGAUUUUGUGUCAGCUCUCUUUGCUCUCCGGAGAUCCUACCCACGCAAUGAGUUACGCAGCCACAAAAGCCAUCCAGUGAGGACAGGCAGUGCCCUGGUAGCAAAGUAUAUUUUUCAGUCUUUGGUGUGCCUGCCUUUCCAUUUCACGCCUCUGUCUGAGCUUUGCCUCAGGCUCAGUUUAAUGCAGCAAAGGCUAGAGAGUGGUUCCUGCCAUCCCGAGGCGGCACAGAGGGGCCCAGCGUUCAGAGAAGGAAAUUCCAUCACCGCGUGACCAGGCCUGCUAAACAUGCCUGUCUGCCCUGCCUUUUCUCCUCCACUGGCAUUACCCAUCCACAGUGGUCCAUUCUAGGGCCCACUGCAGGGCAAACUACCACCUGAACAAACUACGAACAGUGUCCUUAAGGAAGGCCUGGCCAGCGGCUCCCUGGAUGUUGGUCACGGCAGCCAGGCAGUGCCCGAGGUCCCAUGCCUUCCCCUUAUUCAUGUUUGAAUACUCAAGGGCACGAGAACUUGCCAGUGGGAAAUCCACUGGAGCCAUGCUUGUGAGGAAAGAGCCGGGGACUGAACACCUGCACUUAAGCAGCAGAAUGGCCCACGUGUGCAGCCGGCUGGUGCUCAGAGCCAGACCCAGACAGCGGUGGGUGCCGUUGGGAGGAUGGUGUGUGUGUGGCAAGCAGUGACCCUAUCUUAGCUCCAAACUCUGGUUGGAAAAAUAAUCUCCAUGGCUCUAAAUUCCCCAGUGUAUGCCAUGGAAAAUGAUCUCAGUGAAUGGGUACAAAGAUGUUUUAUGAGGCUUCUUACAUAUUUAAACUGCAAAAGUGAUAAAACAAGACUUUGGGGCCACAAAACCAGCUUGUGUGUGUGUCAUCGUUGCUUAAGAAAUGGUUCUGAUCCUAAAUUUACUGGAUAAUCUUUUAUAUUUCUGAGCUUUGAAUUUAAUCAUUUUUCUUAGAUUAAAAUAAAAUAUGCUAACAAACUGGA